AUGAAUCCUCAACCAAUUCCAAGAAUUCAAACUGUAAUCCAUGUAAAUUCAACCAACAAUGCUCUUGAUAUUGACCAACGUUAUACUGAUUUGGUUGAAGGUGUACCUAUUUUUUCUGAAGAGCGAAGAGAAGAAGAUCCGACAAUUCCCUCCCAAAAUGACCAAUUUUCAACCGUUUUAUUUUCAGGCUCUUUCAUUAAUCAUCCUACUACUAAUUCUUUUUAUACGAUUCAUUUUGGUGCUAUCUCUAGAUAG